CAAAAUUUGUAAACACGUGAAUAACGGCAGUGUCGGUAUUGUUCGCCAUGUUGAAUACUGUACGCAUGCGCCGAAAUGUAAAUGCUACCGCGUGCGGAAAUGCGUUUACGUCACCGCUUUUCGUUUCCGCGACACAUCAGUUCAUCCACCCUAAUGGCGACUUCCAUUAACUCUCCACUCCGUCGACCUUAAAUCAUCGAAAUUUAAUACUAUCAGUCCCCUAAAUGAAAGGAAAAAAACCUAGAAAAGGACUGACGAUGUAACAACGUGUUUGCCAGACGAGUGAUAAAAACGAGGCAAAUGUAAACUCAAACUCGGCGGUUUUAAAAUCUUUCAUUAAAAACAGAUUGUUGACAUACGAGAAUAUUUUAAAUUGAGAAAAUGAAGAUAAAAGUUGAGCCAGAAAAUGAAUAUUCAGAGUUUACAUUUAACCCAUGUGAUGAGAAGUUUGAAGUGUUAAAGAAUUGCAAGAAAGAAUUAAAUACGGAUACCAAAAAGUUCUGUAGAAGAAUUAAAUCUGAACCUUCAGACCAUAAAUAUACACAGAUAAAUACUUAUGAAAAUUCAAGUUCAAGAAAUAAUACAAACUAUUCCAAUUAUUGGAGUAAUUCCAGUUAUAACAGCGAAAUAGAUUGUAAGAAAAAGGAAAUAAAAGAAGAGAAACGUGACAUUAAACAUGGCAUAAAAUUAGAAUGUAAAGUCGUUUUGAAAAGAUUGAAUUUUAAAAUCAAAACUGAAGAUUGUAAAGUUUAUCUCCCAAAUGAAUACGAAGAUUUAGAGCCUGUCAAGAACGAAUUCUCCAUUCCCGACAGAAAUUUUAACAGGAAUGAAACGAACGUUCAAAAUAUCAAGAAAGAAGAAGUAACAGACAAUUGUGAUGUAAAACAUGGUAUAAAAUCAGAAUGUAAAGUUGAUUUGAAAAAAUUAAAGAUUGAAGUAAAGACUGAAGAUUGUAAAGAAGUUGUUCAUGUACCAGAUGAUAACGAACAGGUAAUGCCUGUCAACAAUGAAUUUCGCACUCCGGACGAAAACUGUAACAAGAAUGAAAUGAACAUCCAAAUGGAGGAGGAAGAGCAAAUUCAGGAAUACUUUUUUCAGCACAAUUCACAAACGGAACAACGUUAUAAAUAUAAAAUGAAAACGAAGAAAUACGUUCCUUCCAAUAGAAAAUGCAAAAAACUUCAUAAUAAGAUUAAAAGAAAAUACUUCAGGAUUAUGUUUUCAUCUCAUUCUAAACAAAUAUUUUCGUGUUAUUUUUGUAAACUGCUUUUUGCAAAUAACAGAAUAUUUCAAACACAUCUGUUCUGUCAUAUUGGUAAAAAACCAUUUCGCUGCACAACCUGCAAUAAGAAGUUUUUGUGGCAAUUUCUUUUGCUGAGACACAUGAAAGANAACUAA